AGGCAGAGGCUUUAUCGGGUUCAACCCUUUUUCAAAAUGAGUCAACUAAAAAAUCUAAUCCUCCUAUCCGACGAACUGAAUCGGUCCUAGAGAUGAGGAAUUUAAAAGAUUAUCGCAGAUCCGAAAAGAAAAAGCUUGGAGAAACCGGAAAUGUGAAUAAUCGUCCUCGUCCCAAUGUGGACCAAGGUAUCCAUACUACGAUGACGGUGACCGAUCCCGAGUCCGAGGCUCGCCCACAUCGAUCCAAAUCUCUCGUGAAACCGGAACGCGCUCGUUCACAAUAUCGUAAAAAUACCCUGCGUAGACAAGACGGUAGUGUUGUAACGGAGGAUCCACGGAAACCACAAAAUCCAGUUGGCGAUGAAAAGCGGAGACCAUCCGAGCGAAGAGAACCAAAAAAAGCGAAAAGAUGGUACCAAUGCGAAUGUCCUUCGGCUUGGGUUAUGUUCUCAAGGUGUAUCACCUGUUGGGCUCCUUCGUGUUUAAUGUCUUGUUGUGGGCUCCAUGACCGAUUGGUUCAACAGGCGUGGCGCGAAAAGAUUGCUCUUGUGUUCAUCAUUUUGAUUCACUGUGCGGCUGUCGGUUUCCUAACUUUUGGAUUAACUCAGGCUUUUUGUGGCAAACCGCCUGCACGGGUUAGCGUCGGCGAAGUAAGUUCUCAGCAGAGCGUUAUACUUGGAAAGGUGUAUGACAUUAGCAAUUUUAGACACCAGAUAUUUCCAGGUUACGUCGAUAGUGAAAUUAUGGACGCACCGGUUAAUAAAGCCGGUGGACACGAUUUGUCUUUCUUAUUCCAAGUUGUAAAUCAGCACUGCAGAGGAUUAUUUGUUUCUAACAGUGGAGUCCCUCAAAAUUACUUUCCGUGUGUAUCAAUCGAUGAUUAUUCCACACCAAAUCCCCUGGCAAAUUCAAACAACACAGGUUGUCACUUAAACGAAAAGUCAUCCAUAAGACAACUCAGGUAUAUCGGUGAUGUAUAUUACGAUUGGGAAUACCUCAAUAAAAAGGAUACGAGUUAUGUCGUUUACAAUGGUGUGAUAACUGAUGUGUCGUUGAUAGUUAUUGUGGCAGUAGUUUUGGUUAGAUUCUUCUUGGCUGUAUUAUUCAGAUGGGUAUUAAGUUGGCGCCUGGGAAAUUUUCGAGAGGAGAAUCCCAAAGAUAUCGCAAAAAGGAAUAAGGCAAUUGAUCACUGGGAAAACCACAACAGCCACAUCUACGAUUACAAUCUGAGGGAUUCAAGAAUCAAUUCAUCAACUUCUUUCAACUUUACGAACAAAUCACGAUUCUCAAAACAAGUUCACAAUCCCGCUGCGGUGCCAGCAUACAGAAGACGCGAAGGCCGCGCAUAUAAUCGACAGACUUAUGCCGGUCACCUGGGAUCUGGUGAGAAGAAAUUUCUCGACGGUUCCACUAGUUCUCUUGUUCGCGAAUCACCAACUAAUAGUUCUUCUGCAGCGGCAAAUAAUGAAAUAAGCAACGAAUCUCGAGCACCAUCUAUAAUUGAGACUAAUAGUCGAACUGAUUCGUUAACUUCAUCUUCUCAGGGGUCUUAUCCAAAUAGUCCAAUGAUACCCGAGCAACGUUUCAAUUUUGAUCUGAUGUAUACCAUCUUGUUAGUCACAUGUUAUUCCGAAGGAGAAGAUGGCUUAAGGACAACAUUGGAGUCACUAGCAGCUACCGACUACCCUGUAUCACAUAAAAUCAUAAUGUGCAUCGCGGAUGGGAUAAUACAUGGUGCUGGUAACAAAUUAUCGACGCCGGAGAUAUGCCUCGGGUUUAUGACUGACUUUAUCGUGCCGGAGGAAAAAGUUCGAGCUCAUUCGUACGUUGCCAUCGCCGACGGUAAAAAGCGUCACAACAUGGCAAAAGUCUACGCCGGCUAUUAUAAGUAUAAAGACCGUCGUAUACCAAUGAUCACCCUAGUGAAAUGUGGUGGGCCCGGCGAGGAGAACGACCCGAAACCAGGGAAUCGGGGCAAACGUGAUUCUCAGAUCAUAUUAAUAAGUUUCCUACAAAAGGUGAUGUUUAAUGAAAGGAUGACUCCCCUCGAAUACGAAUUCUUUAAUGCCAUUCGAACCGUUAGUGGCGUCACUCCCGAUUGUUUCGAGUUAGUCUUGAUGGUUGACGCAGAUACCAAGAUUUUCCAGGACUCGCUAACUCGCAUGGUCGCCUGUAUGUCCCGGGAUUCGUCAAUCAUGGGACUUUGCGGAGAGACAAAGAUCGCUAACAAGUGUGACAGUUGGGUUACAAGGAUUCAAGCACCUAAAGGUCCAAGGGGAUACUGGGUUCCUAUACUCGCAAAUCCAGACAUCGUCGAACACUAUUCUGAAAAUAUUGUUAACACUCUUCACAAAAAAAACCUAUUGCUCCUGGGUGAAGAUCGUUAUCUCACCACUCUCAUGCUUCGAACAUUUCCGAAACGCAAAUUGCUAUUUGUUCCUCAGGCUGUUUGCAAAACCAUAGUUCCCGAUACAUUCAAAGUGCUUCGUUCUCAACGUCGUCGAUGGAUCAAUUCCACUGUGCAUAACCUCUUGGAGCUCGUCCUCAUCCCUGACUUAUGCGGAAUUUUCUGUUUUUCCAUGCAAUUCGUCAUUUUUAUGGAGUUAGUUGGCACAGUUGUGCUUCCAGCUGCCAUCUCUUUCACCAUGUACCUUGUCAUCAUCUCCAUCUUUGAACGUCCCAUCCCCUAUGUUCCUCUCGCACUUUUGGCCGUGGUACUCGGUCUUCCCGCUGUACUCAUAUUGCUAACAACCCGUAAACUCAUUUAUGUCGGAUGGAUGAUUAUUUAUCUUUUCUCAUUACCCAUAUGGAAUUUCGUCCUUCCGGUAUACGCAUAUUGGCAUUUUGAUGAUUUCUCGUGGGGUCAAACUCGUGUCGUGGAAGGCGAGGAAGCGGGAGCAGAUCAUUCAAGAAAGGAAGGAGAAUUUGAUAGCACAAAGAUCGUGAUGAAGAGGUGGGCCGAGUGGGAACGAGAGAAAUUCAUGUAUUAUCGGAAUUCAAUACAAAGGUACAUUCAAUCGUCAUCAGAUGAAGGUUACGUGCCGUCAUCAACUCGUCCUUCAUCAUCGUCAACUAUUUAUGGGAGCGACAAAUCGCAGAUAUAUGCUGCACAACCCACGACCUCACAUCUUAAUCCUCGUAGAAAGAGGACAAAAUCUCAUACUACUGAUUCGCUGAUGUUACCUCCUCAUUUGAGUGGUAGUAAUUCUGCUGCUUCAGACAGCACGAGCAAUAAUUCGCCAUUAUCUCCCGGAGUUUUCAACGAAAAUAUGACGAAAUCUGUAGUUCUUACAAUAGAAUGA